GGGACAGUAAGUUGUUGAGCUUCACAACACCACACAACCUGAGUGUCUUCCUUCACUGUGUGGGACAAUGAAGUCAACAACGACGUGUGUACUGGUGGUGAUGCUAGUGGGAAGCAUCAUGGGGAAGUUGUCUCCACCUGAGAGGUCCUAUAAGAUCCUCAUGCUCCUCCCAGUCUCCUCCAGGAGUCACAGGAAUAUCUUCAAUCCUCUCGCUGAGGCUCUGGCCGACCGUGGACACAAGAUAGUGAUGUUGACCAACCAACCGAAGUCGUCCAAACAUCCUAACAUUGAAGAUAUUCCUCACGACCUUCCAUACUUCAGGGAGGAAGAUUUUAACGUUUUCCACAACAGGAAGAACCACAGUAGACCCAUGCAAAUCUUUGAGACUGUUCUACCAGCCGUUGCUAGGGAGUUGUACAAAGUCCCCGUGGUGAAGGACCUUUAUAAAAGAAGGAAGGAAUUUGAUGUUAUGGUGAUUAAUCAAAUGUUCAACGAGGUUGCAUAUCCCUUCCUGCACGAAGUUCCCUUCAUUACCGUUUCAACGUCAGGGAUGGAAUCACGCAUGAGCUCGGUUCUGGGCAACGUUCCGAACCCAGCCUACGUUCCUCAUUUCUUGCAGGACCCUCCAAGACCCUUCAGCAUCUGGCAUCGCUUCUACAAUACUGUGCUACACAUUAGAUUUGCGCUUUACUGGAGGAAAUGGACCAUUAUGCCACUUAUACAAAAGGAGAUCUCAGCUCAGUUCCCGGAGCUGCCACUGUUGUUGGACCUGGAGAGGAACGUGAGUUUAUCGCUGCUCAACAGUCACUUUUCUAUAAACACACCACUGCCUCUCCUGCCCUCACAGGUGGAGGUGGGGGCCAUGCACUGUCGUCCCGCCAACCCUCUGCCUCAGGAAUUAGAAUCGUGGAUCACAGGAGCGGGAUCUUCUGGCGUAAUUUACUUUAGUUUGGGAUCUCUUGUGCGCAGUUCGUCAUUGCCAGUCCAGUACCGCGACCUCUUCAUCCAGGCUUUCCGCAGGCUGCCACAGCGAGUCAUCUGGAAAUACGAGGAAGAGCUGGAGGACGUCCCUGACAACGUGAUGAUCAGCAAGUGGCUUCCCCAGCAAGAUAUUCUUGCUCACGACAACGUGAAGGUGUUCAUCACACUCGGUGGUGUCCUUAGUACGCAGGAAGCCAUCUACCACGCCACGCCACUCCUCAUUCUAUCUAUCCACGGUGAACAGCCCAAGGACGGCAUGUUUAUUAAGAACUCUGGAUUAGGAGACAUUUUAAUAUUGGAAGAGCUUACUGUGGACGUGACUGUUGACGCUUUCACCAAAAUUCUUAACGAACCUAAGUAUAAGGAAAACAUGCUGAGGAUGUCAGUGCCACUGCAUGAUCAGCCUGUACCACCCACGGAGCUGGCAGUGUUCUGGACGGAGUACGUCAUCCGUCACAGAGGUGCGCCUCAGCUGAGGUCACCAGCGGCACAGCUCUCCUGGGUGGAGUUCCUCAUGCUGGACGUGAUCUUCAUACUCCACCUGGCUAUCUUUGUUCUUCUAUUCAUUCUACGUCGCAUCUUCAGAGUCAUCACUGCUAAAAUCUUCGGCAGUAGUGGCAAAAUGAAGAAGAAAAAUGAGUAGCAAUGCCUUUCUGGCAGGCAAGAGUAAAUUGUGUUAAAAGUUAUAUUGUUUUCAUCUUUUCACUUGUACUUUUACCUAUUACUAAUCUGUCAGUGGUUAUGCCAGUGUCAAUAUGUAGAGAGAAACUCAAUAAUUUUCAGAUUUUCAGAGCAGGUCGCUCCUGCCUCUCUCAAUUACUGGAUUAUUAUGAUAUGGUCUUGGAUGCACUGGAAGAAAAACAGACUUUGCAAAAGCCUUUGACAAGUGCCAUCAUGGAGUAAUAGCGCACAGAAUACGAGCUAAAGAAAUAACUAGCAAAGUGGGGAGAUGGAUCUUCAACUUCCUAACCAAUCGGACACAAUGAGUAGUGGUCAACAGAGUUAAAUCGGAAGCUGCCAUAGUGGAAAGCUCUGUUCCAUAAGGCACAGCACUCGCCCCAUCCUGUUCCCCAUCCUCAUAUCAAACAUAGACAGAGAUGUAAUCCAAAGUGCCGUGUCAUCCUUUGCAGACGAUACUAGGAUCUGCGCGAGACACAUCUACUGAGGACACAGUUAACCUCCAAUAAGAUAUAAGUCAAGUUUUCCAAUGGGUAACGGGAAACAAUGUGAUGUUCAAUGAAGACCAAUUCCAACUACUCCGUUAUGGAAAACUGGAGGAGAUAAUAAUUAAAACUGAGUAUCCUACAAACUCUGAUCCUACAAUAGAGCGAGAAAAUAAGGUAAGGGACCUGGGAGUGGUAAUGUUCGAGAAUCUCACUUUUAGGCAUCACAACAGUUCCACGAUCACAAUUGCACAGAAAAUGAUUGGAUGGAUAAUGAGAACGUUCAAUAUAGAGAUGCCAAGCCAUUGAUCAUCGUUUUCAAAUCACUUGUUCUCUCUAGGCUGGAAUACUGAUGUUCAUUAGCAUUCAAAGUAGGUGAAAUUGCAUAUCUAGAGAAUGUACAGAGAACUUUACUGCACAUAUAAGCUCCAUCAAACACCUCAAGUACUGGGAAUGCUUGGAAGAGCUUGACUUGCAGUCAUUGGAAUGAAUGCGAGAGAGAUAUAUCAUAAUCUGCAUUUGGAAAAUCCUACAAGGAAUGGUUCCGAAUCUGCACUCAGAAAUCACUCCGCACGAAAGUAAAAGACUGGGCAGGCGGUGCAAAAUACCCACAAUGAAAAGUAGGGGCGCCAUUGAUACACUAAGAGAAAACGCCAUGAGUGCCCGAGUGCUCAAGACUGUUCAAUAGCCUCCCACCAUGCAUACGGGGAAUUACCAAUUGGUCCCUGUCUACCAUGAAGAGGGAGCUGAACAGAUACUUAAAGUCAGUGCCAGAUCAGCUGGGAUGUGGUUCAUACGUUGGACGACGUGCAGCCAGCAGUAGCAGCCUGGUUGAUCAGGCCCUGAUUCACCGGGAGGCUUGGUCGUGGACCGGGUCCCAGGGGCGUUGAUCCCAGGAAAAUCCUACAAGUAGACUCCAAGUAUGCAUUUUUACUAUAUUAAAGCUGAAUAUUACCUGUCAACAAAAUAUUAAUCCCUAAAAUAUUGGUUAAAAUAAAUUAUCAGAGUAUA